CGGAUGGGUACAUUACGGCCCACGGAUGGGCGGGUGGAUGAACGGCUCGGGGGCACCUGCCCAAACACCACUUCAACCCCUUCCAAUCAGUGUUUGUUUGGGCAUUCGUUCGAGAAGCUAGAAGGUUUACUUCCAUCGCUUCGCCGACGUUUUUCAGGUUACUGGAAGAUAAGAUCAUGGCGGGUGGGAAUUUCAUGCACAGGGUUAUGUCUUAUCUUGUGAACGAGCUUAUCGUUAAUAGCCUUGCCAACAGUCCUGCAUUUCAGAGGUUUGCAGUGAGAACGUCAAGGAGGAUUGAGGAGGUUUCGAGUAAGGCUGCACAGAAGCAGCAAGAACUCGCUGACCGUGUGAAGGAUCUGUCUAAAGAUUUUGAGUCUUUCAAAAAUCAGUGAUUCGGUCUGAUGGACACGGUGCUGCCCCAGUUUGCAUAUGAUCUAUAUUCUUCUUCCUUCUGCGGGAAUGAUGAAAAUGAGUUUUGUAAUUUUAGGAUAAUAUCCUAAAGAAAAUCACGGCCUAAUAACCUUCUGCAAAAAUAAAUUUAUGUUUACAUUAGACAGGCAAGUAGUUGGGUAUAUUUAUCUGACUUCAGUGUUGCUGUGGAUUGAGAGGGGAGGGAACUGGGAUUUGGGCCUCCGAGAGAGAGAGAUAGUUGUCUGUGAGAACUUUUUACUUGAUUUGUACGUGCUAGGGGGGAAUUGGUUGUUGUGGGUAUGCCACACUAUUCUGGUAGAGAAAAAGGGUGUAAAUUCUGAAUGUUAUGCAGGACUUAGGCUAAGUUUGAAUGUUGAGUUGAGUUGAAUUGAGUUGAAAUGAAAGUUAAAAAUUGAAUAAAA